AUGAGAAUAGGUCGAAAUAAAGGGUAUAACCAUGUGGCAGCUCAUGAUGAUAACGAUCUAGAAAAUCAUUUGGAAAAUACAGAAGAAGACACACAUCUUAUUGGUGGUACGGAGACACCGAAUUUGCUUAAUAACGAAUUGGAUAAUGCAGAUGUAGAAGACGAUUUAAAUUUUAGCGAUAAUGAACUACCUGCAGCACCUCCCUCCUAUGACUUGGAAGCAGAUGAUAAUGGAACUUAUUCGACACCUGCUGGUAUGGAGCAAAUGGAAAUGGACGAUCCUCUGUUUUCUGAAGAUGAAGAAGGAUCGGUACCUAUCGCUAAAAAGAUAGGAUCAUUUUUUGGCUGUGUUAAUGAUCGUGUGGUAAUUCCUGUUAGAGAAAAGAUAGUAGACCCAUUAGCUCAAGGAUUAAAUAUUUUGUCAGAACAACUUGAUUUUUAUCUGAAUAAAAUAGGUAACCCGCUGAUCCUAAGAAGAUUCUUUUAUAUUGUUUUGAUGUCAAUAAUUGCUUGGGUUAUUAUGUCAAGUGGAUUUUUACCAAACAAACGUGCUACACAUUCAAGAGGUCUCUUUGCAGAUUACGAAAUAUUGAUAGACUAUGCAAGGAAGUCAUUUGAUUUGUCCAAAUUGGAAAGAGAUUUGGAAUACAUAAGUAGUAUGCCUCAUAUGUCAGGGACAAAAGGUGAUACUGCAGUAAGGCAUUAUUUGGAAGAAUCCUUUAAUAAUAAUGGCUUAAAAAUUGUCAAAGAAUUAGAAUAUAGAGUGUAUGCAACAUAUCCUGGGAACGUUUCAUUGUCAUUUACCGAUACAAAAAAUGAUAACAAAAUGACUAAUAUUCAACUCCAUGAAGAUAAUUUUAAUCCUAUGGCAUAUAAUGGUUCCAUUGAUAAUUUGGAUAUAAUAUAUGGAUUUAAAGGUAGAGAGGCCGAUUUACAACAAUUAAAAGAAAUCAAUUUAUUAGAAAAUGACUUUGUCUUGUUGCUAAAAUACGAUAAUCUUCCCAGUGAACAAAUACUACUUGCACAAAAAUAUAAGGCUAAAGGAAUCAUUUUUGUUACUGAAAAAUUUGAUGGAGAUGAUGGUAAUGCUGUACAGGUUAAGUCUGUUUGUAUUCCACAGAUUAUUCCUGGUGAUCCAUUAACCCCUGGUUGGUUUGGAACUACUGUUGAACCAAUUAGUCCUAAGGAGUCUAAAGGUUUACCUCAAAUUCCUUCUAUGCCACUCUCUUAUAACCAGGGUCAAAAACUUCUAAAAGCAUUAUCUAAAGAAGGUAUUCCUUUUGAAGACGGCACAUUUAGUGGUAUUAGAGAUGACGUUAAGGUGUGUAUGAAAGUUGAUAAUGCAGUUAGGGAAUCUCAUUCUAUUACAGACAUUAUUGGUAAAAUUGAGGGUAGAGAACAGACAGAUAAAGCUAUAAUCAUUGCAGCUACUAGAAGUGGUGUUUAUAAUGGUGCAAAAUACCCAUCGUUUGGUUCAGCAAUUUUACUUUCAUUGUUACAAUUAUUCCAAGAAAUGAAAUUCAAGUACGAUUGGAAACCUUUGAGAAAUAUAUAUUUUAUAUCAUAUGGUGGUUCCGAAUUUAAUUAUGCAGGUGCUACAGAACUUAUAGAAGAAAGGUUAUCAAUGUUGAAGGACGAAGUUUAUACAUUAUUGGAUGUUAGUGAAUUGGGUAUAUGGGAUCAAGAUAGAAAAAUUAAUAUUGAAUCACAUCCUGUGUUACACAAGUUUUUUGAUAAUAGCGAGAAUAAAAUGGGGUUCGAUGUUAAUGUGGAACAUGUUCAUCAUUAUGGAGAUUGGCUACCAUUUUUAGCUAAUGGUAUACCUGUCUCUAUAUUUUCGUCACCAAAAGUAAGGGAUAGAGAAUUCCCAAUAGACACCAAAUAUGACACAUUCGAUAAGAUUUCUGAAUCUUUAAAAAGUACGGAUAAUGGUGUACUUGCGACAGAUUUAUUAAUAUAUUUAUUCCAAACGAGUUUAGAAUUAGUUGAUACUCCGUUAUUACCAUUUCAUAUUGAUGACUAUAUUACUAUACUGGAUAAAGCCUUUAGAGAUUUUGAUGACAGGACUGGUAAUAGAUUGAAUUUCAAUUCGGUGACCAGAGGUUUGUUACUUUGGAAAAGAAUUGGUAUGGAAUGGAGUAAUUGGAGGAAAGCUUGGGAGCAGCUUGUCCUAGACCAUGAGGAAGGUAUUGAACCAUCUCUAAUAUCUGUUCAUAGAUGGACUUGGAAUAAGAAACUCUCUAACAUUGGCAGGAGACAAUGCAUUGCAUCUGGUUUACCAGGUAGACCAUUCUACAAGAACGUCUUAUUCUCUCCGCCACUUUGGUCAAAGGGGGAGACUGGAUCCGACAGUUGGUUAUUCCCAGGUUUGCAGGAUGCAGUAAACCAAGAUGACUGGAAUGGUGCUCAGAAUCAACUUGAAGAUAUCGGUAAGAUUAUUGAGUAUUCUGCAACAGUGUUUAUUGAAGAGACCAAUGAUGUUGGAUUUUGA